AUUCAGUCCGCCGUUUGAAGAGCUCGAGUGCGCGUGUCAACUGGAUUGCUCCCCAGUAGCCCCAGACAAUCCCAACCCAUCCUAUGUGUACCUUCAAAAACAUAUAUAUUACUUUAUUUUUUCAAGAUCACGGCAGAGAGCAGGGCAUCGCUCCUUGCUCGUAUUUCGAAUUAGCUCUCUCAAUCUCUAUCUCUCCAGUUCGGCACUCGUGUCGGUCGUAAACAUAACUCAAAAAGCGCUGGUGAAGUCAGUAGCCGGCUAAACGCGACUCGGGUCGGAAGUCUCCGCUCCUGGCAAUCAGAAAAUCCCCUCCACGCGAUAAGGGUGUACAUAAAAAAAAAGAGAAAAAGGCAAAAGAAAUAUAUAAAUAAAUAAAACAAGUUAAAUAAAUAUAUAAGAAAAUCAUAUGAAAUGCAACUUUUCGACGACUUUUGCAAGAGCUUCAACAAGGAAUUGCAAAGGGCGAAUUUCGGCUUUGCGUACAAUCGAGUCCAUUUGUUCUACAGAUCUCAGUGGCAAAAAGAUGAGAUCAACACCAUAUACUUGCUCUACCGAUGGAUAUGGGCCCUGUUUUUCCUGGGCGUGUACAUCCUGUGCAUUAUCGUUCAGUUCUGCGACGGAAAGUUCUUCAUCUACAUGACCAACUGGGGAUUCGGACUCUGCACGAUCACCAUGCUGCUCUCCGCCGUACAAGUCACCUGCUGGCACUUCGAUGUGAGGAGCACCCGGAGCCUGGUACAGGAAUCCGGUCACAAGGCGGAGACCUCGAGGGGCCUGAAAAUCUACUGGUGGCUCUACAACAUGACACUGGCGCUGGCACUGAUUAUAUCAACAGUGUACUGGGUGUUCCUUCAUGGAAAAAUGAACAAGCCCAUGCGUUUCCCUGCCAUCAGCAUACUCACCCACGGAAUGAAUUCGGUGAUGAUGCUCAUCGAUUUCCUGGUUGUUGCAUUUCCGCUUAGGAUACUGCACAUGGUGUACGCGAUGAGUCUGGCCAUAUUCUUCUUUAUAUUCACGCUGAUCUACCAUUUAUGCGGGGGAACAGAUGAAUUUGGCAAUCACUAUGUGUAUCCCAUUCUGGACUGGAACAAUCCCAACCGCUGCAUGGUGACCUUUGCGGGCAUCUUCGUGCUCAUCAUGUGCUACUGGGUGCUGCUCUUUGGACUCUACAAGCUGAAGAGAAUGUUCAAUAGGGCAUUCAGUGUGGUUUGGUCUCCUCAUGCAGUUGGCCUGAUAUGAGGGAUUUACUACACACUAUAGACACCACACACAGUCAUGUAAUAUCACCUCAUUGGCACCCGCACGUAUACCAGGUUCUAUAUGCAUCGCCAGCAUUAUGUAACUUCCAUUAACAAGCCAUCCAAAACCGACACUGAAAGGGAGUCACACCACACAAUUGCAUGCAUUUAUUUAUAUCUAGUAUUUCAUAUCGUAAGUUUUAAUCAUCUGGUUCCUUAACACUGAAUUGGUUUAGUUAGGUUAAUGCUUAUACUUUAUGUUGUUAUUACAUAUUUGGAUUAAAUAGUAUAAAUAUGAAAUUUGUUGAAAAUACUCUACCUAAGGGAUAGACCAACUGAAUAAUGGAAUUGUAUAAAAAUGUAUAACGAAUACAAAAAAUCGAAAGAAACGAAAGUGAAUAAAGAAAUGUGGCGUUAUUUAAUUUAAUUAUGGGAA